UUGAAAAAAUAUUUGACAAGAAAUAUCAAGGUUCAUUCACAAAAGAAAUUCUAGGGGUUAUAAUUUUCUUUUCAUUUAUUUAUAUUCAUGUUGCAGCAUUUUGAAUGGUUAUCCUACUCUGUUGAUGCACAAUGAGUCCGAAGGAGCCCUUGCGGAUUUUGCGGCGCAAAGAACUAAUCAGAGCCGAACUGACAACUGGAACCAGAUCGGAUGGACGAGGCCCAAUAGAGUUCCCUCGCACAGCGGUGUCCGAGAUGAAAUGUUCAAAUCCAGAAGAUAUCUUGACAGUAGCGCGCGUCGGUCGAACAUGCGUUUCCUGCUUUUUGCAACUGAGUUUAAGAACACCCGAUCCGAGCAUGGAACUGAUAAAAUUACGGCUGUUUGGAAUGGAUGAGACUGAAGCACAGCCGCUUGCCGAUGGUGGUGAUGAGGAUUCUGAUGAUGAAAUUGAAAUCGAUAAUUCCGAAGACCGACCUUCCCUGAGUCUGCAACGUGAAGCUAUUCUGGAAAAUCUGUUUGAAGAAUUUAGCGUGAUAAAUGAGGCAUCCCUUAAUGUCUUCCCAAGCAAGUUUGUCUUCCAUUUGAACAUUAACCUACAUGUCCUUCAAGAGGACGGGAGUGUUCUUGACGCGUGUUCCUUGGCUUUGAUGGCUGCUCUUCAAAGACUGAGAUUUCCUAAAGUUGCUUACAUUGAGGAAGAGGAAGCCGUACGCUAUGACUGGGAUGAUCUGACUUCUCCCCAAAACCCGGGCGCUCCGGAAUUUUUCUCUACCUUUGCUGUAAUAGGAGAUCAUAUUCUGGCUUGUCCGACAGCAGAGGAAGAACGUGCCUCUGAUGCAGUGAUUGCGGUUAUUGUUCAGGAAGAUUCUUCAGUUUCGUUUAUGGAGGUUACGGACGGAAUCCUGCCAUCAAAGGAUGGAUCGUUUAUUGCAGAUCUCCUUUCACCGCUGAUUGACAAUGCAGUGGCAAGAAGGAAAGAGCUAAGAACAGUUUUGCUGAAUCCAGCAGCGGAAGACACUUUGAUUCCGAACGAGUAUGCUGUUCGUUUGCGAUCAUUGCAUCUCGGAACUGACUAACCUAGUUAGAAUAUUCCUGUUUCCCAAACUUCGUUGUUGUGUGCAAUACCGUGCGCCGACAGCGAAAAUGGUCAAAAUACGUGUUAAACUUGGAUAAAUAAACAACAAAAAUCACAUUCUUACGGGAGCCAUACUUUUUAACCAUACCCUUUUGUGUAUUCGAGCUGCAAGAAAAUCGCUGCAUCAUAGCAAGGUCGUACUUUCAGUGACGCUUUUUAGACUGCAUACUCGUAU